GACAGCGCUGAAUACGCGUCGGCCGUUCCGAGAAAACGGAUCCGACUUUGGUGAACACGUAUACGCAAAGAGUGACUCUUAUUAUCAAGUGAGGUACAAGAAGAAACACCGAAUUCCAGUCGAGUUAAGAUUUGGUGUGAACGAUGGAUUUUUGUUACAUAAAAAAAGUCAGAAAAUUGUUCCAGGGAAGCAGGGUGAGAAAGAAAUACCCGUUUUACUUCAAUGUGCGUUGGUGGUAGCAUGUUUGUUGUCGAUAAUUCUGUCAAUGGGGUUCGGAUACAGUCUAAGCGUGUUAUAUGCGGAGUUGAUUCGGGAGUUCAACGCCGACCGGUCCCUGGUAGCCCUUAACCAGAGCAUCUAUGAGGCCCUGAUGGCAGUCGGGGGAGUAUUGUGGAGUUAUCCGGUCUCCAAACUCGGAUAUGGCUACUCCAUUAUGAUUGGCGGCUUUCUUGGAAGCGUCUGCAUUGCUGUCUGCUCAUUGGCCAAAAGCGUACCGACUGUGAUUGUCCUUGUUGGAUUUCUAUCCGGGGCUUCUUUCGGCGUUGUCUAUAUGGGACCAUUUGUUGUUGCGGGUGACAUUUCUAAGCGAUACAAAGCGGCUGUCAUUGGAUUUGUAUCCAUUGGUUCAAGCCUGGGACAAUUCGCCAUGCCAUACGCGAUGGAAAGAUGCAUUUUCGAAUACGGCUGGAAGGGUGCGCUGAUGAUAUUAGGUGCUUUGUGUUUAAACGCCGUUCCAUGCGGGCUGAUCAUGGUCGUUGUACAAAGAGCGAGAGGUGCCGAAGGGGACAGUGCCCAGUCAGCUUCUGCGAAACGAAGCUUGUUCAAAUUAUCUCUUUUCAAUAGUAAAAUGUUUUGGCUGUUGAUGCUGAAUUCGAUUAUUCUCGCAUUUACGGCCCUGGCUGAGAGCAGAUUUCUAGUGGAUCUUGCUGAACUACGAGGUUACACACGAACAGAAGGGUCGUUCUUAAUCCAGAUGGUUGGAGCCGGGAAUCUGGUCGGUGGAUUACUGGGGGCCGUUUCAAAAAUAGCGUUCAAACUAAGCAGCGCCGCUCACAUGUCAUACUGGAUUCUUGUUAUCGCGGCUUCGCACGUGAUGGUCGUGUACUUGGACAUGUAUUCCGGUCUCAUCGGCGCGGCUAUCGUGAACGGGAUUGGGAUUGGAAAUAUCUACGCACAUGUUGCGGUGGCUAUGUAUGAAAUCUACGGGACGGAAGAUUAUGCGCCGUCAUUCGCUAUGUGGAACGUUUUGAAAGGCGUUGGAAACCUAAUGGGUGGAUCUCUAGGUGGCGUUAUACAAGAUAAAACUGGCAGCUACGAUUUACUGUUCCAGACUUCAACGAUUCUCAGUGUGUUCUACUCAGUUUCUUUUGCAGGAAUAUGUUUAUAUAGAUGGCGUCGAGUCCAAACAUAUACCUUAAUGGAGUAAUACCGCAUGGUUUAUAAACGUUUGAGAAAUUUUAAUUAUUUUGUAGUCGAACCUCGUUGGCUCGAAUUCGCUUGGCUCGAUUUCCUCGUUGGCUCGACUGACUGUUAAGGACCGAUUUUGUUUCUACGGAAUGUUAUCGUUCGAACUUCCCGAUGGUCGAGGUAUUUUCGCCGGUCCCUGGGAGUUCGAGCCAACGAGGUUUGACUGUUCAUGUUUUUUUAUAUAAAGAACGCUGAAGAUUGUUUGUUAAUACUAGGUCGAUUAAUGCGUGCAGUGAAUAUUUUUAGACUAAUCAUACU